UUGUCGCAGUAAAAAAGUCUGUCAUUACACGAAAACACAUGCCUUGGGAAAAAGUACAGCUAAUAGACAGGGUUGUCGAGCGUGGUUAAUGUGGUAAUUGUAUCAUAGAGGCGUCUUCCAACCAAAGACGAAACACGUCCCACAGUGGUUAGCGUAUGUUGCUAUCUCCUCUGGCUUUCAUUUUCCAUUUGCAAAGAAAACCUCCGAUCAUUGAGCUCGUCUCGAAGGAGUAACUAACAAAAAAUAGUUUAUUUUAACCAGAGUUAAGUUAAGAAAUUUUACUAACACCAAGUAACCAAAGAGAAGAAAAUAAAUUUCAAUUUUAUAUACCCCUUGAAGCAAAAAUCCAUUCACUUGACAUUUAUUCAGAAAAAAAAUUGGUAAACAUACAUAGUCCUACAACUUCAAUCAACAUGGCAGCGGAAAAAGAAACUGGACCGCCAACCAAUAACCAAUCCUACAAAGAAACCUUCUUUGGUCGAAUUUUCCAAAGAAUCCUUGAAAGUGGCAUACCCAUAACAAAGGCUCUAAAUUACAUUCUGGCAGGAUAUGUACUAGGAACUGCAAUAACAAUUCUAUGGUACAAAUUCAUGACAAAUUCUCAACUGAAUACCGGGCGUUGGUCAUGUUUGGUGAUACUGGGCCUUAUAGUCAUAUUGCUGGCCUACAACAAAGAUGUCAGGUGUGUGGCCACCCUUUCCCUGCCCAUUUUAUGCAGUUCCAAGGGUCGUUCGGUUAUUAUUGCCUUGGCAUUUUUUCUGGCCGCCACUGGCCCCACCGUUAAUAUGUUUCACAACAUUGAUGUUAUGGUUUCCAGUUUGAGCUGUGGUCAAAUGCAAUUAAAAGAGGCCUUAGGCGAAAUGUUGGAUACUCUAAAAAAGCCUUUGGUAUCCAUUAAAGAGGCCAUACAAAAUGCUGUUCAAGAUUUGGGAAAUGUUUUAAGAAAAGUUCAGGAAGUGAUGCUUAAUAUUCAAGCUUUGAUAACUGCGAUAUUGUCCGUUAUGAAAAAUGCCUUUGGCUGGCUGCGAAAUAUUGUCAGCAUGUGCAAUAAAGAAUUUGGAACACCCUAUGAACGUUGCCUGAACAUCUCCCGCAAUGCCAUAGAGGAUUGUGAAAUAAAACUGGGUCCUGUGAAGGGCUUGUGUCAAGUCACUCACAUAUUUUCCAUGCUUUGUUAUCCUUCGAAAAUUGUUGACGCCAUUUGUGUUCUGGUGGCCUUUGCAAACGAAACCAUCAUAGACACUGUCAUGAAAAAACUGAAAUCAUUCAAUGCUGAAGUUAGAAAACUUUUUGAUGUUUCGAUAAACUUUGAUCAUGAUUUUUACUUCAAGACCACCUCUUCUAAGGAACUGAGUGAAAUAAGAAGAGACAUUAUGAGGGAUAUACGCAAACGUUUGAAUACAUUUGUUUUGAUUUUUGGCUGGUUGGAUGUUAUCGGUCUUUUGAUGUUUGUGCUCAUCGUAUUGAAAGCUUUGUAUUUUCGCUUAAAGUAUAUCCACAAUCCCGGCUAUCAAAAUACCUACAUCUCCAAGGAGUUUCUGGAAAUCGAUGAUAACCGAAGGAGUCUAAAUAUGGAAACUGCAAUGCCCUUAACCUUUAUGGAGAAGUUGAAAUAUCCACGUUUGUCCGAUUGUCUGCUCACCCGCCAGGAAUGGCUGACAAUGGCACGUUCGGGUGUAUUUUUGACUAUAUCAAGCAUACAAUUGUUUUGUAUAUGCUUUGCAGAUUAUAGCCUUUUUUGGAUAUUAGCCAUGAUUUCGUAUUACGGACAUAAGGAAUUGGGUUUUACAGUUCCCCCUUACAUCACUGUUGAGGUAGAGGGUGGUGGACUUGUUGGUGAAAUCUUUGGCGGCAUAGUUCAUGCCUUUGAGCCGAUAGCCCAGAAUUUCACAAUGGAUCCGCGCACAUGUUUGCCAAUGCCUCGAAAACCCAAUUAUGGAAAAUUCAAAUUGAUUGUCAUGCUGAGCCUGCUGUCCUGGAUUUUUUUAUUUUGUCAACCGUAUGGUCUACGAUUGCGACAUAUCAUAAUGCGUCUAUAUUAUCCGCAUGUAGCUAGACAAAGGGCUAUAUGGCUGUACAAUCGCAUUCUAAUGAAGAGGAUGAGUUUCUUUAAAUUGGCUCGUCGCAAGGCUCGAAUAAAAUUUACCAAAAAUAAAGAAGGGGACGAUUUUACAUUCCUCGAUUGGCUCAGAGCUAGAACGGAGAAGAAUCGUUUAUGGCGAUGGCUUUUGGGCGAUCGUAACGCGAAUAAAUGUUUGCUUUGCACCACACCUUUAAAUGACAUAUCACGGGUAAGUUGUGAAACCAUUGGCUGCAAAGCUUUGUAUUGUAGGAAUUGUUAUCAAGAAUCGAAUAAUAUUUGCUGUAUUUGUCACAAUCCCAUGGAAUAUGGAGAUUUUAGUGAUAUAUCUGAAGUUGAAGAUUCUUCAGAUGAUCCUGAUGCCAUGCAUAUCGAUGAAACCGAUGAUGAAUGUUUAAUUAAGAAAUGGAAUGAAUUUAUUGAAUAAUUGAGAAAAUAAAGAGUUGAUAUUUUAA